UGUCUUUCAUCCUGGCCAGCUGUUGUCAAUAUGUUGCAUGGGGAGGACGGUGGACAGCUGCAGUGUUCUGUGGCAGUGGAGCACCUGAAUGCAGCUGGCCAGGCCAUCAAACGCCUGGUCAUCCGGAAAGCCUCUGUCCUCCUUGGACGAAAUGAGUUCCAGGAAUUAAUUCUUCAGGUCCACGAUGGGAAAGUACCUCAAAAUUACACGCUGAAAGAGUUCAAACUUUUUACCAAGUUUGCCAAAGAUGGGAAGUGCACAGUCAAACUGCUCCCAGACAAUAUCCAGGUGCUAAUCUCAAACAGCCCUCCUGAUCAACUGAACAUCUUCCUGAAAACCCUGAGCAUCAAGCACCAGGUUUGGCAGACAAGUAAACCCAUGAGUGAUAGGGAGAAGCUCAAGGCUUGUCUGCCCCGCAGCUUUGAGACAAUCAGCCCCUUGCAGCAGAAGGAUGUUCAGAAGGCAAAUGAGCUUAGAAUUAAAUUGCCCUCCAAAGGACUGACAGAUCAGACCAAUAAGAUGGCAGGAACAGGACAACAGGUCAAAAGAUCAAGGACUGAUUGUGAAUUUAGCCCUGUGAGGGCCAACCCAAUCAAGAAGCGUGUCCUAACCCUGCCAAAAGCAUGCAAGCUGAACAAAGAACAGGCCGCUGUCCUCAGUGCUGUGUUGAGCGGGAAAAACGUAUUCUUCACAGGAAGUGCAGGUACAGGGAAGUCUUUUUUGUUGAAGAGAAUUGUGGGAUCUCUUCCCCCAAAGAGCACUUAUGCCACAGCCAGCACAGGAGUUGCCGCAUGUCACAUUGGAGGAACGACAUUACACAGCUUUGCAGGUAUUGGCUCUGGUUCUGCCCCCUUAGAGCAAUGCAUAGAGUUGGCUCAGAGGCCAGGAGUGCGGCAGCAUUGGAUCAGCUGUCACCACCUCAUCAUUGAUGAGAUCUCCAUGGUGGAGGCCCAGUUCUUCGACAAGCUAGAGUCUAUAGCCAGGUCAGUAAGAAGAUCUACAGAGCCUUUUGGGGGCAUCCAGCUAAUAGUAUGUGGGGACUUCCUGCAGCUGCCCCCUGUCUCCAAGGGAAAGGAAAAAGCCCGCUUCUGCUUCCAGGCCAGGAGCUGGCGUAAGGUCAUCCAGGUUAACAUGGAGCUGAUGGACAUACGACGUCAGACAGACCAGUCCUUCAUCUCCCUCCUGCAAGCAGUGAGGGUGGGCAGAGUCACGGAGGAGGUCACUGCUAAGCUGACUGAAAGCGCCUAUCACAGGGUUGAGAGGGACGGUAUCUUAGCAACCAGACUGUGCACACACAAGGAUGAUGUUGAGCUCACAAAUGAGAACAAACUGAAACAGUUGCCAGGAUCAAUGCAUGUGUUUGAGGCAGUGGACAGUGACCCAGCCCUGGUAAAAACUAUAGAUGCUCAAAGCCCAGUCAGCAGAGUACUACACCUCAAAGUUGGAACACAGGUAAUGCUUACAAAGAACCUUGAUGUUCAGCGGGGCCUGGUCAAUGGAGCGCGAGGAGUUGUGGUGGACUUUGAGCUCGGCAAACAAGUGCUGCCACGUGUGCGUUUCCUGUGCGGGGUCACAGAGGUGCUGAAGCCGGAGCGCUGGAUGUUUAAGGCCGAAGGUGGGCUCUAUUUGAGCCGGCAGCAGCUGCCACUCAAACUGGCCUGGGCAAUUUCCAUCCACAAGAGUCAGGGAAUGACACUGGACUGUGUGGAGAUAUCCCUUGCACGUGUCUUUGAGUGUGGCCAGGCAUACGUGGCCUUGUCCAGAGCGAGAAGUCUGGAGGGGCUAAGGGUCAUGGACUUUGACCCUCGUGUGGUGCGGGCUGACCCAGAUGUUCUUCUGUUUUAUAGGAAACUGAGGAAAGAGAGGCUACUCAUGCAGGCAUCCAUGGAUGAGUUUGUUGGCAAAAACAUCAAAGAAAACCUUUGGUGAUGAGUGUUGGUUGGAUGGAUUGCAUUUAUAGACAGCUUUUCUAGCUGCAACAGCCACUCAAAGCGCUUCUUACGAUCCCCACAGUGAUAAUGUGCACUAUGUGCAUGAGUGUGUGGAAAUUUCAUUCAGUGUAAUGAUGCAUUUUCUAUUUCAUCUCAAAAAUGUGUUUAGCUCCCCUAAUCAUUGUAAUUUUUGUAUAUAAACAUACACAGGGUCGCCAGCAUCUUUUUUUGGGGGGGUAAAAACAACAAAGAAAACCUAUGGUGAUAAGGUUUCCUUACAAUCCUUAGAGCGAUAAUGUUCAUAAGUAUGUAAUAAUUUCAUCAACAGAAUAAUUUUCUAUUAUCUCAAAUUUUUGACAACUAGCUUCCAGGAUCAUUGUAAUUACACUAUAGA